GAUAUAAAUUACAAGUCUUCUCACUGUCUUGUCGGUUAGGUUUUCCAAACAUUCGUGCGGAUUUAAAUUUGAUUUUUAAUAAUCCCAACAAUCUGAAUUUUACAUGCAGGCGGGUGUUUGAUAGAAUAGCUCAAUAGGUUUGCCUUCUUGGUGGGGUUGAUGUAAUAAGAAUUUGGGUGCUUAACGCGCCCGUGAGUUUUUUCCGGCCUUCGUCUCCCUUAUUGCUAUUUCUUUUUGCCACAACCGUCUUGCGAUUUGAUUGUUUGGAUUGAAAUGGAGGGUCCUCCUUCCAACGAUCUUUGUUCGGUGUGCCACGGAGACUACAACAAUCCUUGCCAAGCCAAUUGCUCACACUGGUUUUGCGGAAGUUGUAUUAUGCAAGUGUGGCGCCAUGGAUCAACUGUCAGGCCAUGUAAAUGCCCCCUAUGUCGUCGUCAAAUUACUUUGCUGGUUCCAACAGAGGACUUGUUGAGGCAGCGAUAUGACCCUGAAGUUGCUGAGGUUCUACAAAAUAUUGAGGCAUACAAUCGUUUGUUUGGUGGUCAGGCAACUGGUCUUGUUCAGAGAAUGCAAGAUCUUCCUUUUCUCUUGCGAAGGCUGCUGCGAGAGCUGAUGGAUCCUCACAGAACACUUCCCCUUGUCAUUAAGGCUCGUGUCUACAUUGCAAUGAUAUCAAGUGCUGCCUACAUUGUAAGCCCUGUUGACAUUAUUCCAGAAGCGAUACUGGGAAUAUUUGGUUUGUUGGAUGAUGUCCUUAUUGCGCUCAUCUGCUUCCUUUAUGUUGCUUCUGUUUAUAGAUCAGUACUCUAUUUCCGUCAUGGGGGCUCCCGGGCCUGAACCGGUAUAAUUUGCACUGCAAGGUCCUUGACAAUAUGUGCUUGUUUACAUUGUUUUAUACGUAAUUUGUUAUACAUUUGCUUUUUCUUUCUUU